UUGUGCUCAGUCGAAUUUUGUUCUCGGACCAUUAAACAUUACCCAUUCAGCAUUCAGCAUUCACCAUUCAACAUUCAACAUGGAAGGCCAACGCGUGGCAGUCGUCGCAUUUGCUGUUUUGCUCGCCGGAUUGUGCGUGCUAUCCGGUCUGAAUGCGGCACCCGUGGAAUGCAAUAUUGGCGGUGGCAUCCAGAUCUCUGACGAUGGCUACCAGAGCCAGACGCAAACCGGUCCCGGCUGCCAGACCCAGACCUCCGAGGAUGGAACCCAGAGCCAGAGCCAGAGUCAGUCGGGCAAUGGCUACCAAUCGCAGACGCAGUGCAGCGGCUCAUCCUGUGGUCAGUUCAACACCUUCCCGCCGCUAUUCACCAUUAAGCCGCUGGAGCCGUUGGCACCCAUCACCUGGCAGCCCUGGGGGCAAAUGAGGAACAACCAGGUGCAGCAGCAGAUCAAUCUUGGUUAAGUUUUUGAAAAAAAAAGUAUUCAGGUUGAUAAAGGUUUUGAAUUCCUAAUUAUUCAAAAAUUUCAAAAAAAUAAUUAUAUGUGCUAUUGAAAAUUAAUUGAUACAAUUAGCAAUAAGAUGCACGGCGAUUUAACAGCUUAUCAGCAAAAUUAAAAAUUUUAAUUAAAAAUUGUAUUUCAUUAGUAGCAAGAACUUAAAAUGCUGCAAUUUGUUGGGUUAAUCGCAAUCUUAACGCAACACAAAUACCUAAAAACAUAAAAGAGAUUUCUCCAAAAUCCAAAAGAUUUUGAUUCAAAUUGAUAUUGAUAAUAUUCAUAGAUAACAACAAUAGAAAACACACGCUCAAAAUGUUUUCGGCGUAAUAAAAAAGGAAAGCGAGCUUGAAUUUAGAUGCUCAGUCUGGCGCUUGUCUAGCUUGGCGAGAUCUCGCAAUCCAAAAUGA